UGUGCCACUCUAAUGCGCUUCUCCGCUACUACAGGUCGGUGCGGAUCAAACACCUUGCAGUCGGUUCAGAGCCAUUGAGGAAAAAAGGGGGUCUCUCUCGGAUAUGGUGGAGUAGGCUACAUCGGGGCGGCUUGGAAACCACCUGGUUUGGAAUAACCCGAUGGAAAUUGGAGGACGGGGGCCUUGCGAAGUCCGUCUCGAGGAGGUUUUCAUGGAGCGUUGAGAUUAUUAUUAUGUGGUGGCUUGCCUUAAUGAUGUUUACAUCUCCGGCUUUCCCAUUCAUCGUGUUUGUGUGCAUGGGGUUAACCGAGGCGGCUCAUUCCUACGAUGCGCUGCCGUUAGUAAUAAGGAAAUCUCGUGCAGUCGCCGAAGAGCAUCCAGAAACGAACGCGGACGGGUUUUCAGGGCACCGGCUCGGCAUUGUCGCAUUAACACCAGCGCCCACGAUCACGUCCGCCAGAAACCCGAUAAAUGUCGCCGCACCAGCAGCCACCAUUAAACCAGCAACAACGGACCCCGCCACCCCAUCCCCGUAUAAUCCCAGCUACAUGGCUGCGUUUGCUCGGAGGAAGCUCAGCUCUUUGGAAACCCAGAUGAAAGUCGCGCUGAUGUCUGAUAAUAGAGCGGAUAGAUCAGCCGCCGUGCCCGAUUUCAGCACAACCUCGGACAAUUCUCAAGAGCUGGUGUGUAACUGCAGUGGUGAAGGAGUGUCAGACCCUGACGAGUGUGACCGUAAGACGGGUCAGUGUGACUGUAUGCCGGGUUACACGGGCCUGCAGUGUGAAGAGUGCGAGGAAGAUCACUUUACCAACGGCACCAUCGGCUGCCUGCCCUGCGCAUGCGACUCCUUCGGGGCCCAUGGCACCAGCUGUGACAGUUCAGGUAUGUGUACGUGCAAGAUGGGUGUCUAUGGGCCCAAGUGUGAUGACUGCCACCCUGGAUUCUUUCACUUCAGCAGCACAGGAUGCCAACCGUGCCAAUGCAACAACCACUCUACCUACUGCCAUCCUCAGUCAGGUAUCUGUUUGGACUGUCAGGACAACACUCAGGGUCACAACUGUGAGGAGUGUCUGCCCAGUUUUUAUCGGCGUGGUGGCGAAGGGUCAGCGGACGUCUGUCUGCCGUGUCCAUGCUCCUCUGAGACCUCCAGCGGCAUCUGCCAUCUUGAUUCCAGUGGACGCCCUGUAUGUGCUGAAUGUAAGCCUGGAUUCACUGGCCCGACAUGUGACUCCUGCACGGAUGGUUUGUUUAAAUCGGCAGGGACGUGCAUCCCCUGUGACUGUAAUGGGAACGCGGACCCUCGCUCCGUGCCACAAAUAUGCCACCCUGAGACGGGCCACUGCCACCGCUGCGUCAACCACACAACGGGAGCUCACUGUGAGAUCUGUGCUCGUGGAUACACGGGGGACGCCCGACGUCACAACUGCACCCUGAGAGCUGUGAAAGUCCUCCCGACAACUUCAGUUUCUUCUACACCUUCUUCCCGCCUCCUCACUUCCUCAUCACCCACGACCAACCCAAGCCUCCCGACUCUUCAGUCAGGCACAGGAGACUCCGCAGGACACAACAGCACUGCCUCGGCUCUGACAGUGGUCUCCUGGACGCAAUUCAACAUCAUUAUCCUCGCCGUCAUCAUCGUGGUCGUGGUUCUCCUCAUGGGAUUUGUCGGAGGGGUGUACACGUACCGUGAGUACCGCAAUCGGAAACUCAAUGCCCCGUUUUGGACCAUUGAGCUCAAGGAGGACAACAUCAGUUUUAGCAGCUACCACGACAGCAUCCCGCAUGCCGAUCCAAAUGGGCUAUUGGAGGAGGAACCGUGUGUGGUUGCGGCUAACGGGCAGUUAGCGCUCGCUACUGCCGCCAACAUGUAUAAAGCAUGAAGUCGUCACUACGAUUGUACAAUCUUCUUUAAUGAGGAUAGCUCAGCCAAAACUUUAAUUUGCUGUUAUUUUGCUACGAGCUGUGGCGAAAGAUUUGAGCAAAUCAAAUUUGAGAUUUUCAAAAUGCAUGGCUGUACUCUCUUGAAUCGAUUCUGAGCCUAGUUUUUAAUACUAAAUGGCAGUCUAAGCUAGUUUUAACAUUUACAUUUAUGUCAGUUGGCUUUUAUGUCACAAGAUUAAACACAGCUCGCGACACUGCAAAUUACUUAGCUGAAUAAUCUUGUUUUCACGUUGUAAUCGCUAAGAUUAUUUUACCUAGCCCAUUGACAGAUGGAAAAACUCCCUUUUUUUGUCAGAUUAUUUCUUAAAACAAGACAAUAUGUUUUACAUGUCUAGAAAACGCUUCUUGAUUUAAGAGUUUGUAGAUAUUUGGACUAUAAUCAAGACAAACACACUAAGUACAAAAAA